AUAUAGACAUGGGUCCCACGUGUUUUGAUUUAAUUCAUUUGAUAAUCAGUAACUAAAGGUUAUUUAAAAUAUAUAUAAUUAUUUUAUACUCAAUAAAGAAAUUAGUUUGAAUCGAUAAAUAAAUAAUAUAUUUAUAUUUAUCUAUUAAAAUAUUUAACAUUUUUAAAAACUUGAUUCAAUUUUUAAAUUAAAUUGAAAAAUGAAACGCAAAGAAGUAUUUGACGCCUCGUCAUUUGUACCUAAAGAAAAAGUAAAAAAACUAAAAUCAGCUGGAGCUGACGACUCUGGGAAAAAUGCAUCCAAACCUAAACCAAAAACAGAAGUUAACAAGUCAUCGAAAUUCAGCAAACCAUCAAAAUCUUCAUCAAAAUAUGAAAAGAACGUUCCUGAAGAGUCUACUGAGAAACCCGACUGGAAAGUAAUUAAAAAAGAACGCAAAGAAUUGCGCGCAAAACGUAAGUGCAGAAAAUUAAGUAACAUUUAUGAAGUGUCAGUGCAGGGAAAAAUAAUAAGCGAGACAAUGCGUCGCAAAAAUUGUCCUAAAGAAGAGCGCGCUCAGUUGUGUCAGAAACUCUUCAAAUUAUUUGAAGGCAACUUCAACAAGUUGGUCUUCUCUCACGAUAUUUCUCGCGUGAUUCAAAUGCUGAUCAGAUUCAGCGACCCCCAGAUGCUGGACUCCAUUGCCGUCGAAUUGAAACCCUCGUUCCUCAACAUGCUGCAGUCAAAGUACGCGCGUAAUUGCAUAAAGAAAUUUUUCAAAUAUGGAACUGAUAAAAUACGCAGCGAAAUAUUCGCUGCCUGUCAGGGCCACGUUGUCCAGCUGCUGAGUCACUCCGUGGCAUCACCAAUCAUGGACUACAUUUUGUAUAAAAAAAAUAAACAAGACAAGCACAUGAGGUGUUGGGCCACUGAGCAAAUCAGGAACACAUUCAGACAAGAAUUUUACGGCAACAUGUACAAAGAUUCAAAGGACGCAAAUAUUAAAUCUUUAGCGGACGUCUUCGCCAAGGCGACAGAUAUGAAAUCAGCGACACUGUCAGCUGUUAAAAUAAAUCUCACUAAAGUAUUGAACAAGAAUCCGAACUCAUUGCUGAUACAAUCAAUACUCGCUGAGUAUCUGUCACUAUGUGAGCCAGAAGAUCGCGGCGAGUUCAUAGCGAUGCUCAAAAAUUCAAUUGUCGGGUUGACGGCAACUAAGGACGGAACUAAAGUCGCUAUGGUCUGCAUGUGGCACGGAACUGCUAAGGAACGUAAGUCAAUGAUGAAGGCAAUUAAAGAUCAUGUAAAAGACAUCGCUACCUCCGAGUACGGUUACUUGUUCAUACUUUCAAUGCUAGACUCUGUUGACGACACAGUUUUAGUCAAGAAAAUAUUUAUUCCUGAAUUUUUGACCAACUUGCAGGAAAUAGUAGCAAGUGAACAUGGAAAGAAGGUCGUGCUGUACUUGGUAGCACGUAGAGACACCCAUCACUUCCACCCGAAUUUGGUAAAUCUGCUGAGCGAGGGCGAUAAUAAUUUGACAAGUAAAAAACCAGCUGACAUAAGAGCUAAAGAAUUACUUGAAGCUGUAAUUGAUCCUAUGUUGGAGUCAAUUGCUGGUAAUGUUACCAGCUGGUUGGCUGAUGGUCCAGCCAUGUUGGUAACUCAGGCUGUCUUGAAAGCUGGACGCGGAGAAAAAUUAAUCGACGCUUUCAAUGCAAUCGCCGCGUUCUUAAUAAACGAGGAAUCGGUUCUUCAGCACGAGGGCACUGAUAUCAAAGCUAUUGAGCACCCGGGCUUGCACCAGGUGCUAAAGAAACUCAUUGUGGCCGACAAACUGCUGAUUGAAAAGUCCGAAACAACUUUUGGUGAUUUACUGAUACAGAAACUUGAUGAAAAAAUAAUAAAGCAGUGGAUCGAUUUAAAUCGCGCCUGUUUCCUGAUUGUUUUUCUCCUGGAAAAUGAGCGUGAGUCAGUUGUCAAUGAGCUCAAGAUAAAAUUAAAAUCUCUUGUGCCUUCAUUAAAAAAUAAAAACCACCAAGGCGCUGAUGUUUUGCUUAAAAAAAUGAAAAAUAAAUAAUUUUAAAAAUAUA